CCUCCCUGCAACUUGCGACUUUGCCCUCCCUGAUCCCUCUUCCUAAGUUCCUCCACCUCUACCUCAGUCCUCACUACCUUACCAUUCGUACUCAGAGAGUCAGAGUCUCUGACCUCUCUCUUCUAUGUACACUUCAGGCUAGCACUCAACCACCCUGGUCAAAUAACAGGGGUCGUACUUUGGCUGUUUGGUGCCCCAGACUUUUCAUUCUUUUCGAGUCCUUGAUUUCCUGCUCGUCACUCACUUUCCCCGACUGAAAAAAUCACGGGGUCCUUGAGCCCUCGUUCUCGCUGCACCGUACAGUACCUUCCAGAGAGUACCGUGUCCGUCACCUCACGCCCGCGUCCUACGCCUUCGACCACGUCCGCUUCCUCUUCUCAUCUGUCUUACUUGCCUUAGCUUACGUCUGGCCACCUCCCUGAACUGAUUGGGGGUUCGUUUCACCUCACCUGUUGCUAUUCCUCGCUAUCCGUUUUGGCGCUCUCUCAGAUAUGCAAGUACACGGUUGAGCCAACCUCAACAUCAAGCCAAAGCACCACCUCAGCUUCGUACACGUUGGUCCAGAGUCUGACUACCUUAAUACAAGCAGUCCAAUGCUUCGAAUGGGCCUCGCGCUCGCAUCCCAUCUUGGACAAACACACGUACCCUCGCCGUCUCGUGGCUCGACACCGUACGUCUAGAGACUACUCCGUACCCAGACUCUGCUUCUGAGGUGCCGUUCGACAAGUCUCAAGGGUCUCUUCCUUCUUCUUAGCCCUGCAUGGGCCGCAUUAACGUCCGCCAUACGGGGUAGACCUUGGAUGCUCUUCAACUAAGAGCUCUCCAUCUCACCAUCCAUCGAGAACGUAGCACUGCUUGACGCCGUGCUCUAGUACACCACUCUGCCGCCAUCCCACACGCUGCCCCCAGCUCCGCUUGCCCUCCCCGACUUCACUUCACCUCACCUUGCCUCGCCUUACCUUACACGGAACCCGUCCCGCCUUUUGCCUCACGCUCAUCAUCGCCAUCCAUCCAUCCAUCCUUCCUUCUUUCCCCUCACCCCCCGCUCAUCGGACGAGACGACGGCGAAGAGAACAUCCUUCUAGCACUAGGAAUCCAGAAGCCCGGUGCGGUGCCUAAGCGCAGCCACCACCCCACCUCCGCCUCGACGUAACCUGGCCAGCCUUUACUUCGGUCUCUUCCUGCUCUGCCACAGCGCGCACCUAAAGACGGCAAAUACACCCACCAACCUCUCCAGACUCCUAUCAAACAACACCAUAGCGGUCACUGCUGCCACAACUACAAUCCGCCACCCCGCCAAAUCACAAGGCAAUCAAGCGACUGGCUGAUAACCCAUUCGAGACCGCUCUACCGUAUGCUCUCUUCCAGCCGGACGAGCCUUUUGGUAUAGACGCGCUGCGCUACAUUGCGCUCCUGAUAGACACGUCCCGCCCUUCCGUCAAUGAUUCAUAGGAUAUCGGUUUGCCCAUAGGAAUGCGCAUGCCCUCGUUCGAGUCGACUACACUCACUCUUUCUUACGCUUCGAGGCCUUCGCGACCAACGUCCCUCGCUCUCCGAACAAGUACCAGAACCAGCGUAUUCGACGGUCACCGUCCAUUUGCCACAAGACGCACCCAUGCUCGCCAUACAUCGUCCCAGGAUGGGUUCGACGCAGCCGUCAGACCCCAAUUUGCCCUUCGGCUAUGCCGUUGAUCCUUCGCAAGACUUCUUCCUCGACCCUCCCGAACCUGCGCCUGGCGCUCCUCUUCUCUCCGACAAUGAAACCAAACUACUCAGUUCCUUCUUCGAGGACAUGACUGCCGAUCAUUAUAAUCUGCCUUCUUUCGGCGAAGGACUCAACUUCAGCGAUGCUUGGUUGGAACUACCUCCCCAGUUCAUGGGGACGGCAACAUCUUUUGGCCAGUCGCCGGCACCGCCGCCUCUUGCUUCCCCUGGGCAUAGUAUGCCUCAUAACGACUUUGCGGACAUGAUGUCCAUGGGCUCAAACCUGAUGCCUCCUCCUCCCCCACCCCCACAGCAGCAGCAGCAGCAGCAUCAGCAGCAGCCGCCACCGCCGCCGCAGCAGCAUCAUCAUCAGCAAUCACACCCGACCCUCGAUCAGCACGCCUCAGCCGACGUUCUUCAGGCCGCCAGCACAUUACUGCACAACGGUUCCUCGUCAAGAACAAACACAAAUGGGUCUGGGCCGAUGUUCAGCAGCACCAGGGAUGUUCCGCACUCUCUCGGUCCACCCGUCGGCCACCUAAGGCACCAACCUAUGGAGGACUUCAAGCGUGCUGAACGAGGCAGCGUGGCUCAGGCCAGUCUCGUUGAUGAUCAUGAUAGCACAUUCGCGGACAUGUUCUUCGGGCCCGCUCCUGGCGAGAGAGUAUCUUCGCAACGGGCUAACCAGGUCCCCAAUAUCGAUGUACAGUGGGGCUCAGAUGCUCGAUUCAAUCGCUCCAACAGCUUUGUUCCGGAUCCUAAGGAAACCUACGACGCUCUGUCUCGAGGCCAGCUGAGGUACAUGGAAUGCUUGGAGCCAAGCCAAAGCACAGAUAAUACUCGCCCACCAAGCCCGAAUGGCGAGCACGCAAUAGGAAAAGGUCACAGCCGAAAGUCAUCCGAAGUAUUGAAAAAAGAAGAGGAUGCUGAUGCACCGCCAAGAAAAAGGAGGAAGAGCAGGAGCACGAAGGAGGAAGUUGACGAGGAUGAUGAAGAGAAUGGUACCGCAAUGAAGGCGGCAAGAAAACGCAAGACGAAGACCGAACCUACGUCAGCCACCCCGCCAGCAGAAAACGGCACAGGCAGGAGGCGUAAAUCUGGGACUGGGGCCAAACCAGCACGGGAGAACCUCACGGAUGCACAGAAACGAGAAAACCACAUCAAGAGCGAGCAAAAGCGCCGUACUUUGAUCAAGGAAGGCUUCGACGACCUCUGCGAGCUUGUGCCAGGUCUCAAGGGAGGCGGCUUCAGCAAGAGCACGAUGUUGACUAUGGCGGCCGAGUGGCUUGAAGAGAUAAUGAAGGGCAACGACGAGCUCAGGGCCCAGGAAAGCGCCCUCGUGGGGCGGUGAUAUCACGACUCAAUGUGAACAACACUAUCAUCAGUGGAAAUACCUUACCAUUGAUAAGCUCCGCUCCUCGUCCGGACAAAAUUCGAAUUACCGAACCGAAGGACGCCAGCGCUUGCCUCCUCGGGUACGAGGGCGCUUGCUAUAUCACGAUGCAGGAGAAGAGAUGCCUGCAGCAUGUGGGAUUCGUUAUCAAAAGGUAGAUUCCCAGGGGAAGCAAGGCAGGAUAUGUUGGGCACGAUUAUGAACGUAAUUUACGGGAGUAUCCCAGCCUUGUUGCGGGCCGCGCACGGGAGGCUACGAUGAUUUACUUGCGGAACCAGAUUUACCCAGAUUUAUUAUAUUUGAUCAGGGAAGGCUCUUGUAGUUGAUACCCUUCACACUGUUAUUUCCCCCAAAUUUUAUUCAUUAAACCAAAAAAAA